AUGUUGACUAGACCAGCUGCAAUGAACAACAUAAACGGCCACAAUGGGCAGGAGUAUUUAUUUUCUGCAAAUGAGUUGAAAGCUAAAGGAAAUGAGUUUUUUAAAACUGGUCAUUACAUACAAGCACUUGAGAAGUAUCAACAUGCCCUCGGUGCUAUGUCGCAUAUAUUGCCGUUUGGUGAUUACAGUAAAGAAGUGGCAAUACUGUGGAAUAAUCGUGCUAAUGCCUUGUUCAAGCUUGGAAAAUGGGAAGAUGCAUAUUUAUCUGCAACACAGAGCUUUACGUUUAUUCCUCACUUUGCUAAGGCCUAUUUCCGUGCUGGGCAUUGUUUGCUGAUGUUAGGUAAUACACAUGUUGCCUUGGUUAUGUUUAUGAAUGGCCUUAUGAACCUUCAAGGCAGUGAUGAAUCCAGAGAUGUAGCCGAGUUUCUGCAUGGCAUCUUCAAGACUUUUGAAGAUGGUGGAGAUCACGUUGGUUUUAGAGAUGCAUAUAAUGCUAUCUUGAGGGAAGGAUUUGGCAGGGAUGUCUGGAAAAUGCUAAUUGCUAAACUUGUGAAAGAAAACAUGUAUAAGUCCUGCUUUCUUCUAAUGACAACGCAAGUCAGACUUCCUAAUGAUAUUAAAGACUUGAAUAAAAUAUCGCUGGCGGGCAUCUUUAAGGACUCUACCGAUGAGCAGUUGGAAACUUCCAAUCUCGCUGGAGGGGGCCUUGACCUUUGCCCUGUCCUGGCCGUGACUUUAAUUUGUCAAACCAAUGCAGAAUUGUCUAAACCCUUUAACCCUUUCCCUACCACUAACAACUUUGUGAAUUCUUCCUCUUUUGGAAACAUGAGUCGUAUUACAGACCUUGUCACAUGGUUUAUCAACAUGGGUGCAGAUGUGGAUACCAUUGGAGAGCACCCACUUCAUUCCAUUAUAAAGCUCUGCAUAAAAUCAGGUGACAGCAGCCUCUUUAAACUUGUCAUAAACAAUACACCAGCCAAGAAGAAAUGCAUCAAUGAGAAAGACACAGAUGGGAACACACUUUUGCACCUUGUAGCCUCCUUUCCUACAAAUUCAAAUGACUUUACACCAAAACGUCAAACACAGUGUGUAAAAAUGUUGCUGAGUUAUGGAGCGGACCCCUGCCUUGUCAACAAACACAAAAAGGAUGUUGCAACUAUUCUAAAACAAAAUAAAAAUUUCAGUGCAGAAGAUGCCGUAAAAAAGCAUGUGGCAAGCCAGUCUCCACCUGUUGUUCAGCCAGCAGGACUUGCAGAGACAUCUAUUAUACCUGAUGAGGGUUCCUCGUUUGCCUUGGCUGUAGAGAGAUUUGUAAAAUUCUGCAAGCAAGCCAGCCCUUUAAAUACAGUUCUUGAACACCAAUCCGUUAGGAGAUUUCUGAAUGCGUUGUCUUCAGCGAAAGAUAUUGCAUCUGACAUAACAUGUGACAUACCAGAUUCCAUCACUGAGUCUCUCAUCACACAAUUAAUACAGCAAAAAAGGUGGCAAGAGGUUCUUCUUCUGCUAACUAGAGAUGCUAGUGGGGAAUCCAUUCAAGAAGGAUUGAUUAAAAGCUGCCAUCUUCCUAAAGUUGACAUACACCAUGUGAUCUCUAAUCUUGACCCUACAGUGAAGUACCGCCUGCGUCUAGUCAAGUUACUUUUGAAAAGAGGAGUUUCUCCCAAUGGUAUUGGAGCCAUGCAUGAACAUCCAAUUUGCACUUGUUUAAAGCGAAGUGAUUUUGCCAUGGCAUAUUUGUUGUUGUGCAAUGGCGGAGAUCCAGAGAGUGUUUGCAUAGCUAAAGAAGACAACCCUUUGCACACUGCAGUUUCCAUUGCUUUGAAUAACAAAGAUGAUGAUGGCAUUCUGAUGGUAAAAUAUCUUCUGGAUUUGUAUUCUUCUGACCCUGCAAAAUAUCAAUACUUAGACCCCAACAUCCAGGACAAAGAUGGUAAUACAGUGAUGCAUAAAGUUUUUCAAAACAACAAUCCCAAACAAUAUCGCAAAAUUAUGGAGUUGCUUGCAAAAUUUGACAUCAAGCUAACAGUAAACAAUAGGCUGGGUAGAGAUGCAAAAUACAAGAUAAAGAAUAUAGAUCAACGUUUUGUUGUUUGGAAUGAAGUUAGAAAGAAAUCUAAGCAACCAAAUGCUGUUCCAAAGUCUGGCAAGGCCAAUGGAAAUAAUACUCAAGCUAAGAUGCAGGCAAAGCCAUCAUCCUUCACUUCCUUGCCACGUGAGUCUGCGUCUGAUGAAUCUGUAAUGAAGAACCAGUGUGCAUCAUCUGAACACAUUGAACUCCCAGCAGAAUUUAUUGAAAACACAAAAAACCCUAUGACCCCAAAAGAACAACUUGUGCAAACUAUCAGAAAACUGAUAAUAUGUCUGGAUCUGAGCAAAGCACAAUCUUUGUUUGACACUUUGAAGCGAUGUGCAGCUGAACAUGCCCCAGAGAUUAAGAACACUGAGCUAACCGUGGCUGUUGUAGGCAGUUGCAGAGAAGCCGAGUUAUUGGAUGAUGGCGCUUCCAGGGAGAUGAGCGAGGACACUGAGAAUAAAAUUACUAAACUUGACAAUAAUGGAGAAGAAUGGAAUGGAGAACAACUGCAAGAUAAUAUUGACCUUUCUAAUGUAGACUUCAGCACCAUGACAUGGGAGAUUGAGUGCUCUCCAGAAGCCUUGAAAAAAUUAGGCAGCAAAGCUGUACCCCUAUACAUGAAAAAUAAAAUAAUAAUUUCUAUUCAAAAACUCGGAAAUGGGGAAUGGACACGAGGUCUGAAUAAACAAUUGAAACUGAACAACAAUAUCAAGUUGUUUGAAGUAAAGUUGGACAAAGGUGGUAGGAUGCUCUGGGAACUUGCUGUUGAUUUUUCCCCUCGUUGUAGCGAGGACCCAGAAAAAAUUAUGGCCACAGAAUUGGUGCCACAAAAAAGUGGUAGGGUUUACACUGAAAUCAUAAGGAUCUGGGACAUUGUUCUUGAUCAUUGCAAGCUUAAUCAUGCGAUAGAAAACAUAUGUGGUGCUUAUAACAGAGGAAUGUCCUGUAUUUUGAGGAAAAAAUUAAAGGGAAUAACCAAAGAUCAGAUUUUCCCAAAUACAAAAAAGCGUAUUCCUAAGUACUUUGUGGAAGACACCGAAGUGGAAAGCAACAUCGAACACAUUCCUGAUUAUUUUCCACCGGCAGGUGCAAUGGAGACAGAAUACAACAUUAUGAAAUUCCAUAGCUUUAGCACAGAUAUGGCUCUCAAUAUACUUUCCAAUAUGAAUUCAAGAGUUGAGUAUCCAUUCCGUGUUGGCGAGCUGGAAUAUGCUGUGAUUGAUCUUAACCCUAAACCAAUGGAAGCAAUCAUAUUAAUUGGAAGAAGUGGCACAGGAAAAACAACCUGUUGCUUGUACCGCCUCUGGAAAAAGUUUCAUUCCUACUGGGAACGAGCAGAGUCAGUUGGUGGCCCUUGGCUAGCGAAACAGACUUGGCAAAGAAGAAAGUAUAAUGAAAACACUGAAGAUGACAUUUUGGAAGAUGAGGACACUGAACAAGAAUUGUCUGAUAGCACUGAUGAAGAACAAGCAUCAGAAGAGCUGGAGAAUUUGGAAUCAGAAGUCACAUCAUCAGAUAAUGAGGAAGACACAAAAUUAGAACAUUACCACCCUAUAUUUGUCACAAAAAACCAUGUUCUUUGUCAGGAAGUACAAAGAAAUUUUCUGGAGUUGAGCAAAUCUGCAAAGGCAACAAGUAAUUUCAAGCCCAUUGAGCCUAAUGUUUACAAAUUGCAAGAUAUCAAGGAUGAAAACUUCCCAUUGUUCAUCACUUCCCAGCAGCUGCUUCUGCUGUUGGAUGCAUCUAUGCCUGAUCCAUUAUUUCCAAGAAAUGAAGAUGGGAGUCUCAAAAAGAGUAUUGUUGGUUGGUCUGCAAUGAAUGACACUGAUAUUCUAGAUUUGUUGAGAGAUGAUGAUGAAAGUGAGCCUGAUCCUGAAGAUGCAGAAGAAGAAAAGGAGUGUGAGCCAAAAGAGAACGAUCCUCGCAUUUUUGUUACUUUUGAACUGUUUGCCAAGAAACUAUGGCCGAAUAUGAUCAAGGGAAAGUCUUCUUACAAUGCUGCUCUUGUUUGGAAAGAGAUUAAGUCAUUUUUAAAGGGCUCAUUUGAAGCAUUAAGCUGUCUUCAGGGUCGCCUUUCAGAAGAGGAGUACAUUAAACUCGGGAAAAAAAGAGCCCCAAACUUUCAAGGAGACCGCAGGGAAAUAUACCGCCUCUUUUGCUUGUAUGAGCAAACAAAAAAUAGUCAGGGAUAUUUUGAUGAAGAGGAUGUCUUGUACAAUUUGUCUUGCAGAUUGUCAAAGCUGGAAGAGCUACCAUGGUCUAUCCAUGAACUUUAUGGAGAUGAGAUUCAAGACUUUACCCAGGCUGAGCUUUUCCUGCUUAUGAGAUGCAUCAAUGAUCCCAAUUACAUGUUCCUUACUGGUGACACAGCACAGAGCAUAAUGAAAGGGGUUUCUUUUCGCUUUAGUGACCUGAGAUCCUUAUUUUAUUAUGCAAAUAAGAAGUGCUCGGAUGACAAGAAAAAAUGCAUUGUUCGUAGGCCAAAACAGUUGUAUCAUCUCUAUCAGAAUUAUAGAUCUCAUUCUGGCAUUCUCAGCCUGGCUUCUGGUGUGGUGGACCUGUUGCAGCAUUUUUUUCCUGAAUCGUUUGAUCGACUUCCUCGUGAUUGUGGAUUGUUCGAUGGCCCAAAGCCCACGGUGCUUGAGUCCUGCUCAGUUAGUGACUUGGCAAUAUUACUACGUGGGAAUAAGAGGAAGACACAGCCAAUUGAAUUUGGAGCUCACCAGGUUAUUUUGGUGACCAAUGAAAUUUCUAAGGAAAAUAUUCCAGAGGAGUUAAGUCUUGCUUUGGUCCUGACAAUUUAUGAAGCAAAAGGAUUGGAAUUUGAUGAUGUUCUCCUGUAUAACUUCUUUACUGACUCAGAGGCUUCUAAAGAGUGGAGAAUAAUCUCCUCUUUCAAUCCAGUCAUCUCUACAAAUCAAAAGAGCCAGCCACUUAUUGAAGUUCCAUUGGAAGAUGCUUGCAGUCAUUCCAGUAGACCAUUCAUAAUGGAUCCAGAAAUGCACAAGAUCCUAAAUGGGGAACUGAAACAGUUAUAUACAGCCAUCACAAGAGCCCGAGUAAACCUAUGGAUCUUUGAUGAAAAUUUGGAGAAGCGGGCACCAGCUUUUGACUACUUUUUGAAAAGUAAUUUGGUCAGCGUUGUCCGAACUGAUAAAAACAAAGAUCUUGAUGAUAACAUGUUUGUAAAAACUUCCACCAACAAUGAGUGGAUUUCAAGGGGAGACUAUUAUGCUAACCACCAGUGCUGGAAGGUUGCUGCAAAAUGUUACCAGAAGGGUGGAGCAGUAGAAAAAGAGAAACUUGCCUUUGCCCAUGAUGACGUUUUAAGUUUGCAGGCCAAAACUGCCAGUGUAAAGGAAAAGCAGCUAGGAUAUCUAAGACUCGCAAAGACUUACUUGGAGUGCAGAGAACCAAAACUAGCUAUGAAGUGCUUAAACAAAUCCAAAGAAUUUAGCCUCUGUGCAGAACUUUGCAAAAAAAUGGAAAAGAUUAAGGAUGCAGCAUUCUUCUACAAAAAAGCACAGGAUCAUAAACUUGCUGCUCAGCUGUAUGAGCAGGCUGGAGAAUACAACACAGCAUUGAACCUGUACUACCGAGAAAAGAUGUAUGAAGAAGCUGUUCAUGCUAUUGAAAGAUAUCGAAAGAUGUACCCUACUGCACCAUUACAGAUAACAGAGAAAAAGUUGUGUUUAGAAGCAGCGGCAAACUUCUUCAGAAAUAAUAAUCUCAGCAGAAUGACCGAAAUGCUUUCUAAGCUUGAUACAGAAGAUCAGUUGAUUUUCCUUAAGAAUCGAAAAUGUUGGACUGAAGCUGCAGAGUUGCUUAAGAGUAACGAUAGAUGUGAAGAAGCAGCAUCUCUAAUGAGAGAACACGGCAUGUUGUUAGAGGCAGCAAACCUGACAAGAAGAAGAGAAUUUCGUGCAUCAUGUUUGCUUGCAGCAGCACGGCACUGCCUGGCAAAUAAUCAAGACCCUGAUAGUACACUUUCGGAGUCUUUACAUAUUUUUUACGAUACAAACAACAAAGUUCAAGCUGCAGAGGCUAUUCUUCUUCAGGGAAUCUUGGAAAAUAGCUUUACCACAAUCAUAGACUCAUUUUAUCAUUUUUUGCAUGCCUCCCACCAUGCAGGGGUGGUUGAAUCUUUAUUUCAUGCAUUAACCUGUGAAGACCCAAACCCAAAACUACUAUUUCUGGCUUCAUUUGGGCUAGAAUUAUUGCUACAGUUGGUAAAAUCACUGAAGGAAACAAGAACCAAUGCAGACAGAGAAAUGGUAAAGUCCUGUCUAGAGUUUUAUGGAGUUGUUCAGUUGGAAGAACAACAAUGCUCAAUUCUAGUACAUGAGGGGGCAAGAUUUUCUCAGAUUGAAUCAGAGGAGCAUAGUGAACCAUGGGAUCUCAAAGAUGUCAAGCUGUUGCUGAUUAAACACCUUUUAAAAAGACUACAUGAAAUUUCUGUCAAGAUUCUUGAAAAAGGUUGUACAGGCAUUUGUAGCAAUUUCAUUGUAGGUCGAGAAUGUCAUGAUGAGAACUGCCCAAAUAUACAUCAGACUCUGUCGCACUUUGAGUUGAAAACAAUCUUGAGAUCUAAGAUCAAUUUAAUAACCAUCUGUGGAUUGUUAUUUGAAGCACAAAAGCUCAAUGAAGACUUUUCUAUUGAUUUCAAAACAACUGGAAUGACCGCCGGAUUCAAAUACUGUAACUCUCUCUUAAACUUGGUGUUUGCUAAACAUUUUCAUAUGCGCAUCCUUUCAGAAAACCCAAAAAUGUGCCAACAGGUCUUACUCAAAAUUUCGGUGCCAGCUAAAACCAUGCUGACUGAAUUUCUUGCAUCACUUUUGAGAGAAAGUAAACGAGAUCGGAGAGAAUCAACCGACCUUUGGCUACAAAUAAUGCAAAUCUGUAGCUUACUGUCACAGUAUCCAGAUGCCCUGCAACGCUACCUAAAUGAGGAAGAGAUGCAAUAUAAAAGUGAACUUGAAAAACAGAACAAAAUGAAUGAUUCACAAGAAGAUGGCAAUAGAAAUAAAUAUUUAGAGGGCAGGCAAGGCAUGCUGAAACCUGAUACCUCCGGUGGCUGGUCCCACGUCCAUUUUUUUAGGCUUCUUCAAGGAUCUGUGGAUGAACUGUUCAUCAACAAAAAUCCAGAUGGUUGCAAAAGGUAUUUUUACAGAUUUAUGAAUUUUGUUGUUAAGAAAUGCAUUGAGCCAUUGAUACCCAACAUCGGAAAUACCAUGAUGCUCCUGGAAUUCCAGUUUAUUCUCUGCUGUGCUGUACUGAUGAGGUUUUCCAAGUGUACUGUGCUGCUGCCAAAAAGUUAUAUUUCAAUUCUCCACUUCUGGGAAACCAUGUUUAGAAAGAAAAAUUCACUGAAGGAUACAUAUUCAAUUUUGUGGGAAUAUAGACCCAGGGAUGUAGGCAGGCUUACAGCACAUUUCCAAUAUCACAUUACUUAUCUGGCUUCUGUUCUUUGUGGUCAUGAACAUGCAGAGUUCAAUGUUCUUUUAGAUGCUUUUAAAUGUGUGGAUUUCAUUUCUUCAGGAGAAGCUGAAAGAAGCUUGGUGUUUUACUUGGUAAUGAUGGUGAACCUUGACAGUGUUGUCAGUGAAAAAGCAAGGCCCAUACUUAGGAAGGAUAUCCCUCAACUACAGAGGAACAUAAAAGAUCUCCAAAAGGAAUUCCCAUUGGAAAUUCCACAAAGAUUAGUCAGUGCCGUGGACAAGGUGACCUCAACUGAUAAGGAUGAAGAGCUCAUCAACCUCCUUCAGGAUUUGCUGGCACAGCGUGAUAACGAGCGCCUAGUAGAAUGCUCAUGGAGAUGGGACACAAACUAUGGAAAAGGGUCUGUACGUGGUAUUUUCUUUGAUGACAGAUUCAAGUUUAGAAAACAUGGCAACUUUCAGCAAAAGGUACAGGAUUACAAACCUACUUACCUCGAUCAUGAACAAGACUAUGAAGAAGAGAAAGCUGACCUUUUGGCAACUGUGGCUGUCCAAGCACAGAAGCAAAAGGCUCGUCAAAAAAUAUCUAUGUUGUUUCUUUUUGCGUGCAUCUGGACAAAGUGGAAAAGAGCUUGCACAAACAUGUGGAAAAGACAAAUGGAAGAAUCUGUACCAGACAAUUUUAAAAGAGCAAAUGUUGACAGAACACAGUGUGACUUGUGUGGAGUAAGAUUUUCUCAAGCAAUGGGGGUCUCUGAUCUAUCUGAAAUUGAAGAUGACAUAGAAGAAAUUCCAACUCCAACCAUGCAACAUAUUGAGGAACUGGACACCCCUAGAAUACAGGACUUAAAUGAAAGUUAUGAAGAUCACAUAAAACAUGAAAAACAUAGACAGCAAUGCAAAGCUUAUGGGGAAUAUCUUGAUUUUUUUAAACAUGAAGUGGAUGUGGUGAUCAGUGAAGGAAGGUUUCUUGUACAAACAAUUGACGCAAAAACAAAAUUAACAUCACAUGAGGAGUUUCACCUUGUGCAGCCUAAGAUUGAGAGCAAAAUUAAAAUUGUGUCUGAUUUGAUGGAAGAUAUCUACGAACACAAAACUUGGUCUCAAGCUGAAGAAUGUUUGUGGAGUCCUGUGAAUGACUUAAGGACCAGUAUUUCUGAAGGUCUUGAAUUGCUGAAGAAACCUGAGCAGCAGGCCACAAAAACAACAGGAGGACUUUUGGUUCGGUUGAUAGUGAGAGAUGGCUUUGACCUUAGCAAGUAUACCCAGCUGUGGUACCGAGAUCCGUUACUUUCCUCUCUGCGCUUCCCCAACCUCCCCCUCCCUCGGCUGGAGUUUACUUCACUGUAUCUGAGCCACUAUGUGCUUGCUGUGUCCAUGGCAUGCUGUUACGAUCAGGAGGCGUGGCUCUGCAGUUGCUUGUACAUCAUUCUCUCUGGUGUGGUGGCUCGACUCUUCGAUGUUUCCGAGCAGGAGGUCUUUUCUGCCAGUCCUCUGGAAGAUGUGAUGGUGGUCGCCAGCCUCAGCAGCUGA